AUGUCACCAUCACUCUUACAACCAUCGAUAUGCGCUCAAAAUAGACGCACAUCUACAGCGUCUCCAGAGAUGGAUAUGAUUGUGACUGAUCCAGCCAGCAAUCCGUUAUCUAUUACUGAAAACAAAUUAGUUCAAUCAGCCCAGGAAGCAUCAAUUUCAACACCCACCCUAGAAACUUGCAAUUGGUCUAAUAAUGCGGCACCUGUGGACGUUUUAGAUGGCAAACCUGUCGAUAUGACUCCGUCACUCUUUCAAACAACGCCAGGUACUCCAGUAAUUCGGCGUUCAUCUACUGUUCCAGAGGCAGAGAUUGCUAGUAAUGAACAAGGUAGCAACACAAUUUCCACUUCUAAAAAUAAAUUAGUCCAGCUUAUGUCCCAAAAACAAAAGCCCUGCAUUUGGUAA